UCUUCCGCCAUUGUUGCUUCCUUCUCUGCGACAACAAUGUUUCACCAAGCGGUGGAAAACAAAGAAGACGCUGAAAGGCUGGAGGAAUUGAGAGCUCUGCCGUAUUACUACUGGGAAGAGGAUGAGGAGGACUGGUACAUCUCCCCGUCGAAGGCUCUCAGUCACGCCAUAAUCCACGACCACACGCUGUACGCCCGGUACCUGCUGUCACGCUUUAAAGAGGAGGCGUUGGAUGUGUCAUGGCUGAAAGGUUACAUGAACCCUCCUAGGUCUUAUCACCUGGCUCUGGCUGUUUCUCUUGACAGGAAGGACAUUUUAAUCUCAAUAAUUAAGGUCGUCCAGAGCAUAACCAAUGCUGAUACCUAUGUGGAGAAACUCAACCAUUCGCACUGCAGGAAGACCCCUCUGCACCUGGCGUGUGAGCUGGGAGGACCCGACCAGGUGCUCAUCCUUUUAGCCUCGGGGGCAUCUCCACAGGUCAAAGACGGCAUGGGCCAGACAGCGCUGGAUGUAAUUCUGGGGCAGAUAUGGACAUCGGAGGACAACAUGGAAUCCAAAAGCCAGUGUUUAGAGUAUCUGCUGUGGUUUUCUCACCGCUUGGACUUUGGAAUGAAGCCCUGUCUGCAGCAUGAUCCAGAAUCAUGGGCGCCCAUACUAGGGAAAGACAUCUAUUACUAUCUGGUGGGCAAUUCCGCAGCCACCCUAUCUACCUUAGCUAUGAGAAGGAUCCUGAAGACCCUUCAUCCACGUGACUAUCCACACAACGUUCUAAAACUACCUCUGCCUCGUUGUCUCAAACCCUUGCCACGGACAUCGCGUUUUAACGAGCUCCUUGCCCUGCAAAGCUGAUUUGCUACAAAAUCCCUACUUUCCUACGGUGAGAGGCUCCGGAAAUGACGUUUCUACAGGAAACUCGCUGGAAGCGGGAAGGCGGCUCAGCAUCGGACUCGUGGACUGCCGAACAUAUAGAUUCUCCA